ACUUGUUCAAUGGUGGAAGCCGCAGCAUGAUGAACAUGCUGCACCAACCCAAUUAAAUUAAUGUACAGAAGAGUUUCAGACGUCAGGACCAGUUCAUGUGAUUGCAGAAGAGUUGAAUGGGGACCGUUUGGACCGUGUCUGCGGUUGUUCUAUGAAAUGACAACUUCUGAAGGGAACCACUUUAAAUCCACCAAUGCGGUUCUUUGCAAGUCCUAGCAUGUGACUUGACUUGUAUGUCAAAGAUCAGAUUUGAGACACAGUCAGGCACAUAUAAUUAGCAAAAUACUGACAAGGCAUACUUUGACUAGAGGGAGAAGAGGAGUGUAUACGCCCAGAAAGCAUCAGUUGUCACAAUUAGACAAGCCUAAUUUCAAAGAAAUCUAUUGAGCUGACGUGUGUUUUUCAUGCUGCAGUGAAACAAUGUGGAAUUGGGACUGUUCCCACUUCCCACAGUCAGUUGAUAUCUAGACUAGAAGACUCAUAAACUACAAGUUCAGUUGCAUAAUAAGGGAAAACAACUGGAAUCAUCUUAUCCUGACAGUGUUGUGUAUGACAAAGCACAUUGCACAUGACACAAUUGAUUGUUUUUAGCUCUUAAUGGCUUGUUUGCAUCAAAUUUUCCACACCGGUGUCACUGAUUUUAAUAGAUUAAAAGUAAGUAGUGUCAACAUCUAUUUUUUUUUUCAGACACCAAAAACAUGUGGAUUCCACACGUACCUAAUUUGGGCCGGAUCUGGGCGAAUUCUAUAUUGCUGUCUGGGAAAGAGCUAGGCCUAUGUCAAAAUGAUUUAAAAAUCAUUUUAAAAAAAUAGAUCAGCUUUUCAAUUGGGCCAAAAGAGUCUGAAGGGUCAGGAAGACAAACUGCAAGGUCUCAAGUUAAGAUGGCAACCCAUCAGUUAGAAUGGGCUCAGAAACACUCAUGAAUGCAGUCAUGCAAAAUUUAACUUUUCUCUGUGAAUCAUUUGUAAGACCAAAAAGCAGCCCCAAACCUGGAAGAUGUCAAAUUUUAUGCGUAUUUACAGAAGACGUGCAUCACCCAUCGUGCCUGUUAAUCAUUUUAGCUGAGCUUGUUACUUAUUCCUGCCUGUUUUGCUGUGUGUGUCAUCUUGCGCUCAGCGGACUCACUGACCGGGCCUCACAUCUGCAGAAGGAAUUCCAUGACCAGUGAGUGUGGCGGCAGAGAGGUGCAGCGUGUGUUUGGGACUGGGAGUUUUGGAGUUUGAAGGAAAUAAAAGUGGUGGGAAGGACAGACUCCAUGGCUCAGGAAAGGAAGAAAGGUGGGGUCCUUCCUCCGGAUGGAGGGUGGGGAUGGAUGAUCGUGGCUGGCUGCUUUGUGGUAACUGUUUGCACAAGAGCUGUUACGAGAUGCAUCUCUAUAUUCUUUGUUGAGUUUCAGAUGCACUUUGGAAGAGAUUACUCUGGGACGGCAUGGAUUCAUUCAUUAGUGGACUGCACAACCAUGCUGUGUGCUCCACUCGGAAGCCUGAUUGGGAAUCAGUUGUCAUGCCGUGUAGCUGUAAUAGUAGGAGGAUUCCUGGCCUCAGUAGGACUAGUCCUCAGCUCCUUCGCCACCAGUCUGGAAUAUCUUUACCUUACCCUGGGAGUGGUAACUGGGCUUGGCUUUGCCCUUUGCUAUACUCCAGCCAUUGCCAUGGUCGGGAUCUAUUUCUGUGAGAGAAAGGCUUUGGCCUAUGGCAUUGCCAUGUCUGGCAGUGGCAUCGGGACCUUCAUCCUGGCCCCAGUAGUGCAGCUGCUAAUCGAACACUAUUCAUGGCGUGGGGCCCUCCUCAUUUUAGGGGGCUUUGUGUCUAACCUGUGUGUAUGUGGAGCUCUGUUACGGCCCAUCAUUCUAAAGGAAGAGGAGGCCUGUCCUCUUCCAGUGGACUCAGAGUGUGGGUAUAGCAUUAAGUCGCCUGCGGUAAAUGGCGUACAUACGGGGAAUGCUGCAGGCGAUAAAUUAGAAGUGAAUGCUAAGCAACGCUUCCUUCAGUCCAUGCAAGAAUACCACUUCCUGCUCAUGCCUGACUUCAUGGUGUUGUCAGGCUCCUUCCUGCUGCUGGCCAGUGGGUGCAGUCUUCCAUUCGUGUACCUAGUGCCCUACGCACUGGAUGUAGGUGUCGGUCAUCAGCAUGCUGCGUUCCUGAUGUCCAUACUAGGGGUUAUUGACAUUGUUGGCAACAUCACAUUUGGCUGGCUCACUGACAUUAGGUGUCUAAAGAAGUACAGGAAUAUAUGCUACAUGUUUGCUGUGGGAAUGGAGGGACUAUGUUGUCUUUUUAUCCCCCUUUUACGCACAUUUGUCUUGCUGGUACCCUUCUCUGUGCUCUAUGGGUACUUUGAUGGAGCCUAUGUUGCCCUAAUUCCUGUGGUAACAUCAGAUGUUGUAGGGACAGCAUACCUCUCUUCAGCUCUCGGGGUUGUGUACUUCCUCCACGCUCUUCCCUAUCUGGUCAGCCCACCCAUUGGAGGUUGGUUGGUUGACACCACAGGGACUUACACGGCGACAUUCUUUUUGAGUGGGUUCGCCCUGAUCGCAAGCUCUCUCCUGCUGUUCUCAGUUGCCGUCAUUCGGCAUUGCCGGAGAAACCGAAAGAACAGCCUGAGCAAAGACCCAAAAUUGGUGUCAUGCGAAGGCAAACAAGUGGACUAUUAUAGUUCUAAAAAUAAAGACUUGAUGACAAUUAUACCAGCAACUUUAUAGCGUUGGAAUAACAAUUUUUUUAAUGUUAUUUUUUUUUAAAUGUCUAUUUCUUUGUUUAAUCAAUUUUAUGAAAUACUGUUAGAUAUCAAUGAAAUGAAAUUUUAUGAAAUACUAUUAGACUCUAUUAAUGUAUAGAGUCAUUAAUAAUGUUUAAUUGAGAAAAGAAUUGUUUGUGUAUAAAAGUUUUCUCAUGCCUUUUGUUGACUUAUUGUUCAAAAGCAUUUAUUCUCAUCUACAGUUGCAAGCUUUAAAGAAAGUGGGUUACAACACAAGACUUA